GGCAUCUUCCUAGAAGAGGUGUUGGCCAAACAGAAGCUUGCGUUACCCACCAAAACCAAGCCGAAACAAACAGAAUCACGUGCUCGAAAUGCGUCAUUGCUUUGGGAAAGCGAACCGGGUGGGUGGAGUGGCGCAUCAGUAACUUCGCCGCAGCAGUCGGCGGUGCACAGAACACCUACCAGUUGGGCGGUGCUCGUCGACCCGCUUAGCCAGAUUUGUCCGAAAUCGUCGAGAUGCUGCCACGAGCGGUUCUGGUGCGAUCGCGGCACUGCAGUGGCUGCCUGAGAUUCGGCACCUCCACACCGGGUUCGCACGACGUCGAGAGCGACUCGUCCAAGAGCCAAGACCGUUUCGGCAAGCACGAAGCAAGCGAGGUGGCCUUCAGCCCGACGCGGCUGGAGGACAUCACACACAACUACACGCGGGCGAGCGACAACGAGGCCGCCUCGGUCCCUGCCGAGCACGUCGGGGAGAACUCGGAAGCCUACCAGUGCGGCAGCAACGUCAACCUGUACGCGCACAUGCAGAGCAACGUGCCCGAGCCUUUCGAGGCAGAGUCGACCGAGGCGCCGACGAGCCUGAACAUGCCCGGAGGUGGUGGACAGUCGACGUCGUACAUGUAUCUCUCGGGAAAACGCAGCUCCGCAAAGUAGGCCUGUUCGUUCGCUACGCGCCCCUUACAAGUUGCACGCUAUGCCGUAUGGUUCGUACUCACCUCAAUACCAGUCCUUCGGUUGUGUGGGUCUGAGUAAUAGUAAAACAAGUUGACGUUGCGAAA